AGCGACCAGACAGCUCGGCGUGCGUCUUGCGAGAAAGCUCCGUUUUGACUUUGCCGAUCGCAGGCACUUGAGCUGAGGAUCCGGUCAACGGAUAGCAGAGAACGGUCAACGGUCAACGGUCAACGGUCAACGGUCAACGGUCCACGGUCGAUCGUGGAGCGCAUCAUGGCCCGCAGUGGAUCACUUGCGGGCUCGACAGCUAUGGGGGGAAGGAGAAGCCAUGGAGGUCAAGCGUACCUCCUUGUCUGUCUGGUCGGGGUCGGGCUACUCUUGCUGGCGAUGGCAGAGAUACGGCACGCGGCUGCAUCCGAUGGCGCUGGAAAAGGAUUAGGAGUGGAAUAUAAAACCGAAAAUGAAAAGAAAUCCGGUGAUGGUGAAAAAUACUUCAAAUAUCCGGAAAAGGGGGACGAGAAAAAGGGGGAGGAGAAAAAGGGGGAGGAGAAGAAGGGGGAGGAGAAAAAGGGGGAGGAGAAAAAGGGGGGAGAGCAGCAAAAGGGGGAGGAGGAGAAGAAGGGGGAGGGGAAGGGGGUGUGCAAUUACUUUCGUGGGGGACCAGAACCUUCGUACGAGAAGCAACCGAAGGAAGGAGAGAUAGAUUACUCUCUGUACGGUAAGGAAGGUCGAGCUUGUCUUCUGCGUGCUCUGCAUGCCGCCACAUUUGAAGUGCUCGACAGGGACAAGACCAUGGCGGCCACGUUGCUGAGGAUGUCCUUCCACGACUGCCUGACGCGCAGGGAUUGGGCGAAGGGUGCAUGCGAUGCUUCCGUGCUCCUUCCUCGAGAGAUCAACCACCCCCAGAACGAGAACCUCCGACGCGCUGCCCCGGUGAUCUACGAGAUCCGGGAGCGCGCAGCGCAACAGUGCAAUGUGGUCCCCACCAAAGCCGACACCAUCGCGGCCGCCGGUGCUGCUUCCAUCGACUGGUCCGAUCUGGAAAAUCCGGAGAAGUACGGGUUCACAAUCGGUCGUCGGGAUCGGAACCCCGAGUCCAGGGGCGAUAACCCGAUGACGCUCCCGCUCGCGACCGAGACGCUGGACUCCAACCUGGCCAAGUUCUGGGCGUCGGGACACCUGGAUGCCCACGACUCGACGCUCUUCACGAUCGGAGGGCACAGCAUCGGACGGUCAGCGUGCGAGCAUUUCUCCUUCCGAUUGAACAACCAAACGUGCUGCAGGCCCGUGGACCCGACGCUGGACCCUCGUCGCGCUUGCAAACUCACCCAAUUCUGUCGGUCGGGCGAUGGAGGCGAGCAUCAUGGUGAUGAUGGUGGCGCAGAAGGAGGGAGGAAAAUGUCGGGCGAUGGCGGCAAGACUCGCGGCGAGGAACACAAAGCAGAAUCGGGCUAUGGCGGCAAAACUCACGGCAAAGAACAGAGAAGAGUGCACUUCGACUUCAUAACUCCUUUCAAACUGGACACCUGGUACUUCAAGAUCACGCUGAUGAACAAGGGAUUGCUGACGACGGAUCACGCAUUCGGACACGACCCCAGAACCGCACCGUACGUGAAGUUCUACGCUCACAACCAGCAGGCCUUCGACGUAGACUACAUCAAGGCCUUCAUCAAAGUCAGCCUCGUCGGCAUCAACCAUCACAAGACCAUCGUUCCAAACAACUACUUCUACUGCAAAACCGGUCACCAACAAUCAGCUAAGGGGUUCCAGCAUUAGAUUGGUUCAUUGAUUGAUUGAUUGAUUGAUUAAUCGAUUGAUUUAUUGAUUGAUUGAUUGAUUGAUUGAUUGAUUGAUUGAUUGACAGAUGGACCGAUCAAUAGAAUCAUGGAAACUUUGCAUGAGAAAUUUUGAAGACCGAAAUGAAAAGAAGUUCGUCUAUGGGUUGAUUACGUUAUAGAUAAUGUGUCAGGGAGUGAUGAUUGCUCGAUCAGAUGAGUGAUUACAGUGCUGAUUCUCACAGAUUUCGAAAGUGCUCGAUUCCCGUUUGGUUGGGACGUCCGCGAUAGGGACUUGCGCGUUAUCAUCAUGGUUGUUGUCCCCUUCCGAUUAAGAGUUCCUGAGUUUGCGCUUCGAUCUGACAGGUGGUCUCACCUCCUUUUCCCAAUCUGUCUUCUCUAUCUCAUCUUCUUUUCUCUCCAAUCCUCCUCCUCCUCCUCCUAAUCCUUUCGUCUCCCCUCUCUUCCUCCCUCUCUUUCCCUUCCCGGUUGCAGUCGCUUUGUUGCUGAGCUUGCUCAUCUCCAGAUGCUUCGGCCUGGCUCCUGGACAAUCGGAUUGGAAUUUUGUCGAGUGCCACGUGUGCUUGCCCCUGUUAUUCGAAUCAAGCAAGUGCUCAAGUGACUAAUGAAAAGAAUUGAUCGACUGAUUGAAGUUCUCGAUCGGUUCAUUGAUGUUUUCAAUCGAUUGAUAUUUUGUAGCAUUUCCAUCAAUUGAUUGAGCCUUUCCAUUGACUGGUUCAGCUUUUAGAUGAAUGGAUCGAUUUACUAGUAUGCUGAGCCUAGUGAGCCGCAUCAUAAUCGGUCUGUGGAAUAGACGGAUGAGUCGGGAUGACAAAAUUAUACCUGUGGUCAUUCAUCUCUUCAUGAUGAGUAAUUUUAGA